AUGAUGGGGAAGACAUUCCCUGCGCCUGCAGGUGCUUCGGAUGCUGGAAAGAUUCGAGAGUCCGGUGUAUCUUCUGGCUCAGCGGGAAGUAUUCUCCAGGUCCCGAGUGAUGUGUUCGUCUGUGAUCAACCCCUUGUGUCUAUCCCUGGCCCGCUCCUUGACCCGUUAUACCAGAGUCUGGAUGAGACAUCAAGACGGUAUCUCUUUCACUUUGCAACAAGCGUCUGCAGCGACCUGGUCAUCGCCGCCAACGACCUCAACCCCUUCCACCGUCUCGUCCCCCUGUGCCGGGACUAUCCCAUCCUCCGACAUGCCAUCGACGCAGCAGGCGCCUUGCAUGUUUCGUGCUUACACCGGCGCGCCAUCAAUCCUGAGUCUGAGCACUUAUUCCAGGUUCAGCGGCUACCAUCUCCACGCCAGACCGACGCCUCAUCCCGCGCGCUCGUAGAUGCUCUCUCCGCGAAGCACAAGGCCCUUGUUCUCCUGCGUCAAGCUCUUGAAGAUAUCCACCAUGUCGAUCUCGACCUCAUAACAACAGUCGUCCACCUCUUCAUCAUAUUCGAGCUCAUGAGCCCAGGCGGCGAUGAAUGGCGCGCCCAUGUCCAAGGCGCCCUGCGCCUGAUCAGCUAUCUCCAAACCCUCGAGCCCCGUGAUGCCUCCCCGGCUGCACUGAUCCGCGAUACCAUCACCUCGGACUGUCUAACGUGGUACAUCCUCGGCUCAACCCUCACGAACACGCGCACCCUCUCCAACCCCUUCCUCUUCCCCGGCGACAUCACGGCCUCCCUCAUCCGCGCCGAAACAACAAGCUACAUCUCCCUCCCGACGCCUGCGAGCUGUCGAACAUCGUCUCCAGGACGAUGCACACCGGCUCCCAAGGACAGGCACCAGACUCCACGCCCCUCCUAG